AUGCAUAAGAGAACCUUCUCCCAAACCAAUCUCUUAUUUAACGAAGGCGAUUCUUCCCCAUUCAAUCAUCAUCACCUAAAUAAUAAUAAUACCAUCAACAAUAACAACAAUACUACGAGUGAUACUGGUAUCAACAACUCUUCUACAACUAGUAAUCAAUAUUCUUCCGCUUCUGGUAUCAACGGACAUAUAAACCGACCUACUUCACCUCCGUUUUUUGUAGCAUCAUCGGAUUCUAAUCAUCACCACACAAUUAUUCAACAAUUUUCAUCGGCUUCUUCUCUUUUCAAUACUCCACUUUCUCCAAGUCCCUUCUUUCAACCCAAAAACAUGUUAGAUAUUGAAAGUCAAGGAAACAAUUCUCCCAAUUCGUCGGCGAAUAGUAGGGGAAACAAUAGUCCAUACAUGACUCUGCUUCCACUUUUACAAACUCAACUGGUGAAAAACAAACGAAUUUUGUAUCCACUCUUCAUUGGUAUUGCAUUAAUUGCCAUCGGGUUGAGUGUUUUUAUGCUUGUGACCUCAGGGAAAAACUCAUCGGAAGUUCUUCCAAUACACAUCAACACACAUAUGGAUGCCUCCCUUCUUUUGAAAGGCAAGACCUUUUCGCAGCAAAGCUCUCGAACUGAAUUCCCGAUUCUUCUCGUGGCCGAUCGAGACAAGGCAAGCAAAGUAAAUGAUGAGAAAAAGGGAACUUGGUGGAAGAGCGUUCUUGUGAAAGGACUUUUGAAGAGGAAUGAGCAAACAGGAGAGUAUUCUCUUUCAGUGAAUGGCAAGCCAAUGGAAAUUGUUGGCCAGCUCGUGGAAGGCAGUAGAGGAAUGGAAUUGUCUGAAUUGAAAAUGUUUAAUGGAAAAUUAUAUUCAGCAGAUGACCGUACCGGAAUUGUUUAUCAAUUAAUGAUUACUAACAGUGGUAAUAAUGGUGAUGUUCAAGUGAAGGCCAUUCCUCGUCACAUUCUUCCCGAUGGAAAUGGAGAAACCACAAGCAAGGGCUUCAAAUGUGAAUGGGCCACUGUGAAGGAUUCCAAGUUAUACAUUGGAAGCAUUGGAAAAGAGUGGACAACAGGAGAUGGAGUCAUUCUUAAUCAUGAUCCAAUGUAUGUCAAAACUAUUGACGCUAAUGGAAAAGUGGAGCAUGUGGAUUGGAUUAAAAAUUAUAAGGCUCUUCUCAAAGCUGUGGGAAUUAAGGAUAAAGGAUACAUGGUACAUGAGGCUGCCGAAUGGAGUGACUUCCAUAAGAGAUGGUUUUUCCUUCCUCGACGAGUAUCUUUUGAAACUUAUGACGAAAAGAAGGACGAGCAACGUGGCUCAAAUUAUGUCAUUUCAGCCUCUGAAGAUUUUUCACAUAUUGAGUUUGCUCGUAUUGGUGAGAUUAUUUCUCCAGCUAGAGGUUUUUCCAGUGUCAAAUUUGUUCCAGGAAGACCUACUGAAAUUGUAGCUGUCAAAUCGGAGGAAACUGACGAAGCCAUCCGAAGUUACUUGAUGGUAUUUGACAUUACGACAGGAAAAGUUUUGAUGCCAGAAACUCUGAUUAUUGAUGAAAAGAUUGAAGGCAUGGAGAUUGCUUAA